GGGGGAAGACACUCACACCUGAGAACACUCAACUCCUCUCACCACCUCAACCCCACUCAGCCCCGCACACCACCAUGACCGGCUCCUGCUGCGGCCCCAUCGUCUCCUCCCUGAGCUGUGGCGGAGGCUGCCUCCAGCCCUGUUUCUACCGCGACCCCUGCUGCUGCCGCCCCGUGUCCUGCCAGACCACCGUGAGCCGGCCCGUGACCUGCGUGCCCCGCUGCACGCGCCCCAUCUGCGAGCCCUGCCGCCGCCCAGUCUGCUGCGACCCCUGCGGCCUGCAGGAGGGCUGCUGCCGGCCCAUCACCUGCUGCCCCUCGUCCUGCCAGGCCGUGGUCUGCCGCCCCUGCUGCUGGGCCACCACGAGCUGCCAGCCCAUCUCUGUGCAGUCCCCGUGCUGCCGGCCCACCUGCUGCCGGCCCGCCCCCUGCCGCACCACCUGCCGCACCUGCAGGACCUCCCCCUGCUGCUGAGACCCCACUUUCCCAUAAAGCAAUAUCCUGGAGCCUAAGCGUCUACUCUGCAUUUUAAUCACGUUGAAAGAAAAAUAGACAUUUUUUCAUAAGGCGACAAUAGUCAUUUUUAUAUCUUACCAUCUGGAUAUAUAAGCAGAUGUCCAAUCAAAUUUCCAGGUGUCUCCAUCAGCAGAAAUCACCAUGGAUGCUAAAUCCAUCUUUAAAAGUCCUCAGGGUGGGUGUUGCAAACCCAUUCUGAAUUCCAGAGGCUGCUCAAACUCUCCCCUCCAUCUUUUGUAAUGUGUUUGCCUGUUUAUUUUUCAAUAAACUAAUUUUUUCCUGUAA